AUGAAUACGAAAACUGUUGCAAAGUUUGAUGAUAGUAAAUAUCAAUCCGAUGUAUAUCAGCGAACAAAGCCGACAAGGUCCAACGAAGAUGCGUCUGGCAUAAAAUACAUUCGACCACGUGUAAUUGCGCCGAAUGCUUUUCAAGGUCCUCUUCGCGGUAUAGCUUGGUCAAAUGUUGGUACCAGUCAUGCAGUUGUAACAACCGCCGACCAUGGUCUCGCAACACUUGUUCAACCUCCGAACUUCUCUACUAUUCCAUCAUUGCAUAGCAUCAAUGGUGAACGUAUCAUUGAUGAAUAUCGGGAGUUGUCGAAGCUGACUGAAGUAUUGUGUGUGACUAUACUGAGAUGUUGUAAUUUAGAAACACAUAAUCGUGCUCAGGUUUUGCAAAUUGAAUGGCUGGAAAAUAAUAUUCAUCAGAAUCGUUCGACUAUCGAAAAAAUGUAUAAAAAUGAACUGGAAAAUGCCAAGAAACUCUUGUACGAAGGUACCCAGUCCAAACCAGAAUUAGAGACGAAAGCGAACGCAUUAGAUAAGAAGAUACCAAGCUAUGAUGAACAAUAUAAAUAUAUCUUAGCCAAACGAGAUCAAACCACUCAGGAAUUAUUCAAUUAUGAACAGCGAAUUGCUCAGAACAACGCUGAAGGCCAAUUUCUUCAUCGUCGGACACGAAAUUUAGAUGACGAAAGUAAAUUUUAUCUUUUGAAGAAUCAAGCACUUCAUGCCCGACAAGUUCGCUUACGUUACCUAUUCGACGAAGAAAAUUUUGCUAAACAGACUUUAGAAACCGAACUUGAAAUCUUACGAAGUGAGAAGAUCACCAAUGAAGAUAUUCGGACGACUGCGAUCGACGAAGCACGGCAGUCCAUUGAUAUUUCCCAAGUAGCUGGUUUUCAACCGUCAAAGUAUUUCUCAGAUCAGUUAAGUCAAGAAUUGCAACGUAUUCGACAGGAAUACGAAAAGAAAAUCGAAGUGUACCGAGAAGAAUUGCACCGGAAUUUUGAAUUAGAAUUGUAUCGUCUUCAAUUGGAUAAAAUUCGACCUGCGCCAACAGUGACGAGAGACCAUGAAGUUCAAUUGCAACAGUAUCAAGAAUUGUUGAAAGAAAUUCAACAACAGGUCACGAUCGAGCGAGAAAAGCAACGAAAUAUCGUUUUCAGAAUUGAAGAAAUCAAGACAAAAAACACUGCUGCACACAGUGAUCAUCAGUCAAGAUUGGAAAAACAACGAUAUUUAACAACACUGAACCAAUUAAUUCGAGAUCGAGAAAAUCAGUUGGAUGACGCAUUGCGUAUUCGAAAGAUACACAAACAAAAAAUAGAAGAAUAUCGAGAACGAUUGAACCAUCAUCAAAACCAUACAGCCAAACGUCUGACCAUUCAUGAAAGUGAUUUCACCUCUCUUUCGCACAAAUCUUCCUUACCAAAAGGAACAUUCCGCUCGUCAUUACAAGAGUUAUCGUCUAAUUACCGUGUUUCAUCAACUACUAAUACGGUUCAGUACGCACAACGUUCAAUAUUGAAGAAAAAUGAAAACGACUAUUCGGUAUCAACGGUUGAACAAGAUUGUCGAACAUUGCAUCGAUUGUUGAACGAUACGCCGAUCGGUGAAUUGAGUGUUAGUCGAGUUAUCUGUAGCCAAGCACUGGCUCAACGAUUACAAAUCCGCGAUCAGUAUAAACAAUUGUUCAAAAAAAACCUUGGUGAUGACUUAGAGAGGAUAUCUGAUGACAGUCUGAGUAAAUUUCUAAGAUUGUUAUUAUUAUCUCCGAUUGAACACGAUUGUUUUGAAUUACGACGAGUACUAAACCGAACAACAAUCGAUCGAAACGUUUUGGUUGAACUCCUUUUCACUCGCACGAGCCAACAUAUUCAAAAUGUUCGACAAGCUUACUUCAAAUUGUUUCGAAGCACAAUUGAAGAAGAUCUUCGCACUGAUCGUGAUGAUCAUUCGAAACAUUUGUUAGUUGCUCUUCUUCGAUCGAAUCGACCAGAAGAGGUUGCUAUCGUUGAUGAUGAAAUUAUUCAAGAUGCAAAAGAAUUAUUCGAAACGGAGUCCAAAUGGCGAGUUGAUGGAUCGACUCUUGUUCGACUUUUAUGUACAAGAAGUAAUGCACAAUUGGCACAAUUAUUUACCGCUUAUCAGCAAUACAGUCAUGUGGAUAUUGAACAAACUAUCCAAAAGAAUAUCGAAGGACAUCUUUAUCACACACUGAUCGCUAUUAUUCGAUUGAUUCGCAAUCAAGCACGAUUUUUCGCGAAUGAAUUGAAGAAAUGUCUUAAAAAUGUUAAAGCAAACGAAGACGAUCUGAAUCGAAUCAUCGUCACUCGAUGUGAGAUUGAUAUGGCACAAAUCAGAGUUGAAUAUGAAAAACUUACAACAUAUAAUCUCCACGAUCAUAUUCAACUGGAAGUCUUCGGCAAUUAUAAACGUGCGAUUUUAGAAUUUCUUCGUCAACGUGGUGCAGGGAAUACUUCAGACACACACUCCCAGACUUCACGUCAACCAGCACGAUUCUUUCGAUCAGGAGUUCAAUGGCGAGAACCAGUCGAUCGAUCCAAUAGAGAUACAGGCACUGGACGUACAAUGACGCGAAGUGUUACGGAGUAUUCCAUGUCCGAACCGCAAAACAUUCACACAAAAGGCAAUUUUACCAAUAUAUUUUCUGAUAGAAAUGCAUUAACGGUCAAUGCAAGACCAUUGGGAACUAAUCAGCGUCAAUUUGUUUCAUUAACGACAAUGCCUGAGUCUGAAGCAAAUGAACAAUGA